UUUUAUACGUGAAAGCAGCUUAAAGUCUAAAGUGACUACAUUCGGGCAAAAGAUUUCGCGCGUUUUUAACGUAAAAGAGAUGGUGACGAUCGUGUUCACUGUAAGGUCGUUUACUUCGUUUUGGCCGUCGUGAAAUCAAACCUUGAAAAAAAUGAGCGCAACAGAGCCGAGAACCUGGACGUCAGAAUAUUACAGAACAAACGAAUUGGCCUGCAAAUCAAUUUUGGAGAAUUCCGACUACUUGCAGCAAAUUCCAUGUCUCAAUUCAUCGUCGCUUGAUCACUUGAAACAUGGACAUCUUGUCAAAUUUCGUGGUAUGGUUCAAGACAUGUAUGAUCCAGAAUACUACUUCAAGAAGUAUUCGGUCAAGAACAAAGAUACCGGCGAAUCGAAAAUCUACUCCGGCAUGUACAAAGACUCUGCCCAAUGUUUGAACAACGAGACGGAGGUUAUUGAAAUGGAUUCAGAGCUGAAUAUCAUGUCCGAGAGGCACACAUGCGUCGUCAUAUCCAUCCCAGGUCUGAACGAUUGGGCUAAAGAGAAAGGCAUUCCGUCUCUUGAAGAUCCUCGAGUACCCGGCGGCAGCAUUUCCACAAAAAGGGAGCUCAACGACGAAGAGCCGAUGGAUAUUUGUGAACCUCCGAGAAAGAAAGAAAAGACAAAGGUGGAAAAACAAGGGACAGAGGAAAUACAAAACAGCUUUUUAUCAAAAGAACAUAUUUUAAACUUUCCAAUAUCAAACAACGACGGUAAAGCUUGCAUCGUCAAGGUCAUUAACAGUUGCAUAAAAACACAAGAAAAUGUGUACGAUGAUAAAAUCUCAUUAAAAUUGAACGAAAUCGUCCACAUCCUUGGAUUCGUCUCAUUGGAUCCGACACUCGGUAUAAUUCACAGUUCGGACGAAAUGAUGAGUGAUCCGGAGAUCCAUACGCACAACCCACCGGUUUCUUUGGUUCCACGGUUGCACGCCAUCAAAAUUACUGUUGAAACUCCUUUGCCGAAUCCCAGAACUUCAAAUAUAUACUCCAGGGUAGAAAGCAUAAGAAGCGAUCUCCGCAUGGUACUCGGUCAACUUUUGUUCGGCGAUGUAAUGGCCGCUGAUUAUCUGAUUUGCCAUCUCAUCUCAUCCGUAUAUUUGAGGAAAGAUCAUCUGUGCCUCGGAUCUUUUCCUAUAAACAUUACAAAUUUUCCGAUCGCCAAGUACAAAAGUUUCACCAAAGAUUUGUACGAAGUAAUCGCGAGUCUCGUACCCAAAAGUCAUUAUCUGGAAAUCACACUCGACCAAUUGAACGAUCUGAAUUUUAUACCCAAGAAAGAUUACGAGUGCAACAGAUUGACCAGUGGGAUACUCCAAUUGAGCAAGAACACACAUCUGGUGAUCGAUGAGACGGGCUUGACGAGCGGUCGAGUUUCCGCAAUAGGAAAAAAAAAUUACGAGGCAAUGACGGACAUGAUUCAAUUUCAAAAAGUUAAUUAUGACUUCAAAUACUUCAGCAUGGAGUACGAAACGGACAUUCCGGUUCUGAUCUUAUCGGAAGUGAAAUCUUUCAUACCGUGCCCCACACAGAUUCCAUUGAUGGUCGAUGAAGAUACCGAGGAUCUUUAUCCUCGUGUAAUGGAGGCUGCCAGGCAGUAUCUCCGUGACGAGGAGAGAUUGUCGAAAAUUCGCGAUUAUUUGGAAGUAGCGAGGAUAGGAGAAUUCGAAUUCGGAGGAGACAUAACGGACGAGAUACAGGAGGACUUUGUAAAAUUGCGUCAAUCGAGAAAAAACUUUGGUGCUGACAAUCUUCACUCAUUGAUGGUAUUGGCAAGACUGAUGUCUCUUUCGCGUGGUAAAAACGACCUGACUAUGGAAUGUUGGAAAGAAACGGUAAACAUGGAGCUGCAACGAAUGGAUAGGCUGCCUCAGCGUAAAACGUGAAAUUUCAAAUACACUCCUCUUUUAUAGAAAAAACGUUCAUUAUAACGAAAAAUAUAUUUUUAUUUCGAUACUUUUUCUAA